UCAGCAGUGAGCAGUGUGUGUCAGGGUUGACACUUGACAGGUUAACCGGAUCGCCUACCAGCUUGAGUCCUAGUGUAUUUCGAAUAUUGGAUACACAAACUCAUAAUUUGCUUAGUUAUAAGGGUGCUUAUAUUGUUAAAUAUGUGUGGAAUAUAUGCCAGCAUUUCAAAGUGUUACUGUAAAAUAAAAUGUUCCGUUCAACUCCAAGAGAUGCAGGCUGAACAAGAGCUACUCAAGCAUCGAGGUCCUGAUGUUUCUUCUGGUGUCACCAUUCACAUUGGCAAUCUGAGUGUUGUGCUGAAGGCCACCGUACUCUGGCUGCAGGGCAGCAAGCCUGCCCCACAGCCUCUCUCAGAUGAUGACGGCAACAUCUUGCUCUUCAAUGGAGAUGUCCUUGCUGGAGAUCUGAUGCCUCCACCAAAUGAAAGUGACUCAACGCAUUUGCUGAAUCAGCUCUACUGCAGCGACGAGCAAGACUUGCCUGAAUUGAUAAGCAAGAUUUUAGGUCCUUGGUCAUUUAUUUAUUAUCGGAAGAGCUCUCAGCGUUUAUAUUUUGGACGUGAUGUUUUGGGCAGACACAGCUUACUCUGGUCUCAUAAAGAACACUCUUCACUAAAUCAGUAUGGGAAUGAAAAAUGUACUGUAGAAGCUUCCCAUAAUGAAAAGGUGGAAAUAAUAUCGCUGGUUGACAAAUCCAAUGAAAAUCUUGGGCAGCAGAAAUGUUCUCCAAUCUUUGUAUUGAGUUCUGUUUGUGGGUGUAGUGAUUUGGAGGAAGUUCCUACUUACGGCAUCUUUGUGCUAGAUCUGAAGAACAUGGAUGAAGUAAAUUCAAGUUAUGAUAAGUUUCCUGUAUCUCUGAUACCUUGGGACAGCAGUUCAAGCUAUUCUUAUUUUACUGACGUGCCCAUUGCCAAUGAUAGCUUCAUGAUAUCACCAAUAAGAGAACAGUUCAAUAUGGUGCUUCCUGAUCCCGACUCUCUCCUUGGAAGCCAUACGCAGUGUGAUGCAAAGUUGCCUGAUGGUAGUGAGCCUUGUGAAAUUUUCAGUGAUAGUUCAUAUGUAAAAUAUUCCGACGUGUUAUUGAAUUUACUUUUGCAAUCAGUGGAGAGGCGUGUUGCUGCAUGCCCAAGUUAUUGCCUGAACUGUUCUGUGUCCAAUUCAAGUGGUGCUGAUGAGUGUAAUCAGGGAGGAUUUUUCGUUCCUGAUGCACUUAAAUUAGAAGACAUUAAUGGUCAUGGUUCUUUAGAAAGGAAAUUUAAUGUAAACCCAGUUGGAAUUGCUGACACUGAAAAUGGAAUUUCUUUUAACCCAAAGAUCAGUGGAAACGGUACAGCAACUCUAAGUUGUAAAUUAAAUGAUCAUAGACUGGCUAACAGUAUGGAAUCCUGUUCCAUCAACCAUGAAGUCACUAGUGAGAAGGCGCUGAAGAGUUUCAGUUCAAAAAGAGCUGACGAAGCUAUGAAUAAAAGUGAUAGAUCCAUGGACUGUUGCGGUCACUGCCGUGUGGCUGUGCUUUUUUCUGGUGGUUUAGACUCGGCUGUGAUUGCUCUUUUACUUGACAAAUGUUUGCCAGUGGGAGAAUCGAUUGAUCUUAUUAAUGUUGCUUUUCCCACUCACGGGGAAAUUGCUCCUCAAAAGAGCAAGAAAAGAACUAAAAAUAUUCAACAUCAGAAACUAAGGAAAGUAAGUUGCCCAGUUGAUGAGAACAUUCCAAAGAAACCCACAGUUAGUGACACUCAAUCGCGCAACAACAUGAAAACAUUGAAUUUAUUGAGUGUGGAACAUCAAAGGAAGCUUUCCCUCUGUUCUGAGGACAACGGUGUCAACAAAAGUACUUCUGAAGAGUUGAAAGAUAAUUGCAACAUUGAACCAAUGUCUCAAGAGACCGAAGGCAACAGCCCUGACAUAAGAAUAUCUUCACAAGAUUUAGGCAAAAAUUCAAAUUUGUCCUUCGAAGUACCAGAUCGCGUCACAGGACGCUUGUGCCUGCAACAGCUACAGACUCUCUGCCCUGAUAGGUCAUGGAAUUUUGUUGAGGUGAACGUGUCACGCGAGGAGCUGGAAGCAUGUCGCGCCUCUCACAUAAGGCCGCUACUGAGGCCCCACAACACCGUCCUCGACGACAGCAUCGGCUGCGCCCUCUGGUUCGCUGGACGUGGCCAGGGUUUGGUCUCUGGCCAGCCAUACGUCUCUCCUGCCAGAGUGCUGCUGUGCGGGCACGGCGCGGACGAACAGCUGUGCGGAUACUCGCGGCACCGCAGCGCGUUCCGCAGCGGCGGACACGCGGCGCUGCUGGCCGAGACACGCAUGGACGUCGAGCGGCUGCCGUCGCGCAAUCCGAUUUGGCUGAAAGCUGACCUUCGGCUGCCGCGUGGCGUUGGUGAGAAGCUUUUGCUGCGAGUACUUGCCUACAGACAGGGACUAACUUAUGCUGCUGGCCUGCCUAAACGAGCAAUUCAGUUCGGCUCCAGGAUAGCCAAGAUGGAUGACCGCAAAGAGAAAGGUGACCAAGUUUGUUGCAGGCUAGCUGCAUGAAGGUCAAUCAAAUUGAAGGUCAAAAAUAAUUUUUUUUAUUAGUAAAAUUUUCACAAUUUGUAUUCAAGGCAGGGGAUUGAGAUCAUUGUUGAAAAACACGCCUUACAACAAGUGAAGGUUCUUAUUUAUGUUAGGAGCAUUUGAUCUUAGUGAGACAAAACGAUGCAUAUAAUCCACAUGUUUAAAAAAUGGCUGAUUUUUGAGUAGAUGAUUUUAGUUUUUCGUCGCUAGGUAUUGAGAUGAAAUAAGUUUGUAUAAUUUUUAUUUAUUUAAGAGACAUAGCAGGCUUUCAACGUCUGUCCUAUCCAAUUUUUAACAUUUCUACGACCAUGAAGCAGUAUUUGUAAAUGAAACGAUAAUAUUUUGUAAAUUAAAUUACACUGUUCAACACAAUCUAACACUAGGUUGUCCAUCAUCGAUGCGAUAAUUUUUUGACAAUCUGUCAAAGUCAUCAUUUGUAUUAAUUAAAUAUAAUAAAAUAUAAAUGAGACCAAAUGCUAUUAAUCACAUGAAGAUACGAGUCAGUCGCACAUGUGUUCAUUGGUUUGCGUAAG